AUGACAGGAGCCGAAAACGAGUCGGAGGAGGAGGAGGAUGAGCCGUUGGAGAAUGUUCGGUGGGUGCGUGAAGGUACUGAUCCAGAAGCUCUGCGCUAUCAGUAUGAAGAGAAGCUUAGAAUGAUUGGCGACUACAAGCGGAUGGCCUUUUCAGUUCUAGUUAAGAGCGGAGAGCGUUGCCUCUCUUUCCGGCUUGGUCCUCUGCAGUUCUUGGACAGCGCCAACUUCGUGAAGGAAUCCUUGGACACCAUGAUCGAAACUCGCAAGAAGAAGAGCAAGAAGAGUAUGGAAGAGACCUUUCCAGUGGUUGCCGCUCGCCAUCCUGAGCUCCAGGGAGUUUCAGCAGAGAGGACGGAACCUGUCUGGGAGCAAGAAGCCUAUGACAGCGCCCUCAAGAAUGAGAAGUGCUGCGAUGCCACCUACGAAAGCUUGAAGUUGACGCGCGACCUCAUGCGCUGGACCACUUUUAAGCAGUUCCACGAUUGCUACUUGCAUAUGGACUGCCUGGCGCUUCUGGACAUGCUGUCAGCGCUUCGGAGCGAGUUCUUUGGCUUUUUUCACCUUGACCUGGUGCAGUAUGUGACACUUCCAGGAGCUUCUUGGCACGCUCUCCUGCGAAGUCUCAAGCAGCCGAUCUCCUUGCCCGAAACUGCCGAGGUCUACUCGACUUUGCGGAAAGGCAUCAUGGGGGGGUUGUCGGCGGUGAUGCAGCCAUACGCGAGAGCGAAUCACAAGGAGAUCCCUACCUUCCAGCCUUCCAAGUGGCCUUCGUACUUGUUCUACUUCGACGUGAACAGCAUGUAUCCUGCCUGUAUGUGUGAGCCUAUGCCAACGGGAAGAGCCGUACCUGUGACCUUGCCCGAGGAUCCCAGCAGCAGAUUGGUUUGGCUCCACAACCUUUUGGAUAAGGGCUCAGAUCCUCAAAGCUGCACUUUACUGGUGUUGGAUUUUGAUUUCCCUGAAGAUCUUCAUGAUGGUCUGGACUUCGCUCCACCUUGCCGCAUGAGAGUGUGCCGGGAAGAUCUUGGACCCUACAACAAGAGGUUAGCUCCGGAGCGGUUGCCAAAGACCCGCAAGUUGGUACCGUACCUGGGGAUGCAUGAACGGGAAGCUGUCGACUCAGAGCGUUUACGCUUCAUGCGCAAUGAGCUGGGAGCACGAGUGUGGAGAUUGCAUGAGGCAAUCACCUUCAUGUGCAGUCCUAUCUUACAGCCAUUCAUGGAGAAGAUCUACGAGAAACGGAGUGUUCUGAAGACUGAAGGUCAUGCUGACGGAGAGCAGACGCUGAAGCUGGUCAUGAACUCCAUAUAUGGCAAGACUGUUCAGGAUUGCAGUCGCUUCAAGAACACUUCAGUCUACACCAACGUGAAUGCUUUCCAGAAGGCGCAAGCCAAUCCGAGGAUGGUGGACUACGACUUUUUUGUCUCAGACGACACUUUUCUUGGCUACGUGCACACCAUAGGUCGAAAGCCCAAACUCCUGAACAGCCCCAUCCAGAUUGGAUGGCGAACGCUCGAGUUAGCUCGGCUGAUGCUCAUGAGGUACUACUACAGCGCUUUCAAACCCUGUUUUCCCUUGAGUAGAGCGCUGGGCACAGAUACUGACAGCUUGAUUUUGCAGAUCUGGUGCCGUCCUGGGGAGGAUCCAAGACAGAUUCUUGCACAAGCCAAUCUCCACUUGCCUCACGCAAAAUUCGAUCUGCUGGGAGACUGUAAGGACGUCGCGGAGUAUCUGGGCAAGUUUGAUUCUGAAGAGAGGCAGGAGCUGCUCCGACUUCAGAAGCGUCUUGGAGCCUUCGGUGAUGAGAGCUUUCCCGGUGUGAUGUUGGAGUGGGUGGGUCUGUGCGCCAAGCAGUACAGCAAGGUCGUGUUUCACAGCAAGAACUCACAGCUGAAGGAGGACCACCGUUGCAAGGGAGUGCCGCUAAGGCACAUGAAGGCUUCGCACGAGCUGUACCUGAAGGUUCAGCAAGAUGGCUUGGGGAACGAGGUGAGCUUUCCCACACUCACCUCAGCUGGGCACAAGAUUUUCCUUGAGUGGAAGAGGAAGAAAGCUCUGUGUCCGCUGAAUGACAAGGUGUAUCAAUUGUCGAAUCGCUACUGUCGACCUCAUGGACACUGCCGCAACCUCUACUGGCCACUGCUUUACCGACUGGAUGACAGGAUGAGUCUUGUACAGAAUAUCCUCAGUUUUUUGGCUGAACCGCCUGCUCAACAUGCAGAGUGGGGAAGUCCCAUCCGGAAGAUCAUGAAUGAUCAGCGCUGGAUGUUAUCGCGCAAACGCGCUCGCUCAUGUCAGGAUGCUUGA